GCGACACCAUGGUCUGUUCAGUCAUGCCCGGCAUCAGCGUGGUCCCCGUGGAAGUGAGGCGGAUAGACACUGCGACGCAGCAGCCGACUACGAGAGACGAGCGACGCCUGGAGGGGCGAGCGUCGCAUACGGCUUCGGCGGCACUCUGCUUCUCUGUGGUGGCCCUGGUGUUCGUGGCGGGCAUGGCUCUGCUCGCUUCGGGCCUCCACUGGUGGGGACUGUGCCUGGUGGGAGCCGCGCUACUGCUGCUCGUAUCCCUGUGCUUGCUGCCAGCAGGCCGCGGGCAGCGGCCUCUCGACCGCCACGGCUCGCUGCAGGGCCGGCGCGUCACGUUCGUCGGUGAGCCCGUGCCGGUGUCGACGUGCGCUCACCUGCGGACGAUCAGUGGCAACGUAGUGCCUUACCAGCUAGAGGAAAUGACGCUGGCGGACGUGAGCCGCAUGUACCCGCCGCCGUUCCCGCCGCCCCCCUACCAAGCCAAAGCGAACGACGCCCGCAAGCAGUGAAGAAUUAGCUGAUGCCGAGACAGUGCGGACGAUUAGGGCGUGCGCCAGGUCCGUAUGAAGAGUCUGGUUUGACGUGUGAAAGUUCUUCCGCGAGGAAAAAUUAAUAUAUUGUCUUUUUGCUCUCAUCCCUUGGUCCAGGUUAGGAGUAGGAACAGUGGACAAUGACUUGUUGUCUUAUAUUCUUCAACAGUCUUCCUUCUUCAUUAGACUUGAACUGAGGGUCUGGAGGUAUCAUGUAUUACUCUCGUGCCACAUACUCGCCAUAGAGAGAGGGACUCGAGCAAUUAUACCAACUCGUUAAUAUAACUGCUCUUUCUUUCAUUCCUCAUAGAAAGUUUUUCUGGUGACGUUCUGCUGUGGAGUGUUAAGUGCCUUUGGUGUUUUGCUGUCUCACUUUUUCUGUUCUUUUAACGUGCCUGGGGUUACAUUAAAGUGGAUGCGUUAUGUUAGAGUGCUAGCUAGUCACCUGCGUCCGCUAUGCUUCAUAUAAAAGAACGGCGUACGGCAGGCUGCGCACGUUGAAAGAACGAAGAAA